AGCUGGCAAUGGCUGGUUCUGAGACCUUUCAUGUCAUGUUUCCCUUUGUUUCUUUUCAGUUUGAGGUUCUGAAGGCUCUUGGUCUUCAGGAGUGUAUCCUGGAGAAACAGAGGCUUGAAUGAGGAGAACUAAAUCUACAUCUCCAAUGGACACCGAGGGGUUUGGCGAGCUUCUUCAGCAAGCUGAACAGCUUGCCGCCGAGACUGAGGGCAUCUCCGAGCUUCCUCAUGUGGAGCGGAACUUACAGGAGAUCCAGCAGGCGGGAGAGCGUCUGCGUUCCCGUACCCUCACACGUACAUCCCAGGAGACAGCAGAUGUCAAGGCGUCCGUUCUUCUUGGGUCACGAGGGCUUGAUAUAUCCCACAUCUCCCAGAGAUUGGAGAGUCUGAGUGCAGCCACCACCUUUGAACCUCUUGAGCCUGUGAAGGACACGGACAUUCAGGGCUUUUUGAAGAAUGAAAAAGAUAAUGCCCUGCUAUCUGCCAUUGAAGAGUCCCGGAAAAGGACCUUUGCUAUGGCAGAGGAGUACCAUCGCGAGUCAAUGUUGGUCGAGUGGGAGCAAGUGAAACAGCGAAUUCUGCACACACUGCUGGCAUCAGGAGAGGAUGCCCUUGGCUUUACUCAAGAAAGUGAGCCGAGUUACAUCAGUGAUGUGGGGCCCCCUGGCCGAAGCUCUCUGGAUAGCAUUGAGAUGGCCUAUGCCCGGCAGAUUUAUAUCUAUAAUGAGAAGAUUGUGAGUGGGCACCUGCAGCCUAACCUCGUGGACCUUUGUGCUUCCGUUGCAGAGCUGGAUGAUAAGAGCAUUUCUGACAUGUGGGCCAUGGUAAAACAAAUGACAGAUGUGUUGUUGGCACCAGCAACUGAUGCCCUGAAGAGCCGAAGCAGCGUGGAAGUACGCAUGGAGUUUGUCAGGCAGGCCUUGGGGUACCUUGAACGGAGUUAUAAGAAUUACACCCUUGUGACUGUCUUUGGAAAUCUGCAUCAGGCCCAGCUAGGUGGUGUGCCUGGAACUUACCAGCUGGUUCGAAGCUUCCUAAACAUUAAACUUCCAGCUCCUUUACCAGGACUUCAGGAUGGGGAGGUAGAAGGCCAUCCUGUCUGGGCAUUAAUUUAUUACUGCAUGCGAUGUGGAGACCUGCUUGCUGCAUCACAGGUGGUCAAUAGAGCUCAGCACCAGCUGGGGGAAUUUAAGACCUGGUUCCUGGAGUACAUGAACAGCACGGACAGAAGAUCAGGCAUAACCUCUCAGAAGUGCUUCUUGCAACCAUGAACAUCCUGUUCACACAGUUUAAGAGGCUCAAGGGGACAAGUCCAUCCUCAGCAUCCAGACCCCAGCGAGUCAUCGAGGAUCGAGACUCUCAACUCCGAAGUCAAGCCAGAGCACUGAUUACCUUUGCUGGAAUGAUACCCUAUCGGACGUCGGGUGACACCAAUGCAAGGCUGGUGCAGAUGGAGGUCCUCAUGAAUUAAGUGCUGUGCUUUGCAGAGUCCGGGACUAUGUACUGUCAGUCUGUUAGACGUGUGGGCCCACUAGGGUGGGCUUUCUGAUUUUGUUUCUGUUGCGUUGUGUUUUGUUUUUUGUAUUAUGUAUUUUGUCAAUACCAAUAAAUUUCUUUGAUUUGUAUUUCUUUUCAACAUUUUUUUUUCUUUUCUUUUUUCAUUUAAAAUUUUGUUAAGUUUUUAUUUGUGUAUUGGGGAAAUACUGUCAGACAUUUGGGAGCCAGAGAAUAAGAGGCUACAUAGGUAUAUGUAAUUUGGCUAAUGACUUUAAAUGAUUAAAAAAUAACCCAUCCAUAGCAAGGAAACAAAGCCUUUGGAGUGC